AUGUCCCGACAGCGCUCCUCCCCCUCCAAGUCGCCAGGCGAAGGGCGUGGCUUGUCUUCGCGGCUUGACAAGCACGAUGUAUACGACGCUAACAUUCGAAACUUUGCUCCAGUUGCCCGCAUCAUGAAACAUGCGCUCCCAGAGAACGCCAAAAUUGCAAAAGAGGCCAAGGAGUGCAUGCAGGAGUGUGUCAGCGAGUUUAUAUCUUUUAUCACCAGUGAAGCAUCCGAGAAAUGCCACCAAGAAAAGCGAAAAACGGUCAACGGCGAAGAUAUUCUCUUUGCCAUGACGUCGUUGGGUUUUGAGAACUACGCCGAAGCUCUCAAGAUUUACCUCUCGAAAUACCGCGAGUCUCAAUCAAAUCGUGGAGACAACCAGCAGGGCCGUCCUGGCAGCCAGGGCUUCGGUGCCGCCGGGGGCGCAGGCGCGGCUGGCGCGGCUGGGUUCCAGGGCGGUUCCGAGCUCCCGCCCGCCGAGGGUGGUGCCGAUGCGUCUAACUACAUGUAUGGCGCGCAGGCCGGCCACAACGGAUCUGCUGGCGGCGAGGGCGGCUACUAA